AGAAGAUACAUUUUGUUACGACAGUAAGCAACAAACAACUUGUCUCAAUAAAAUUGCAGACUUUGGUCAUUAUCCGUAAUAAAAUUUCAUUUGAUUACUCUAAAAGAUCUAGUUGCUGUACUUUAGGUUAGGGGUUACUUUUAAGGUGAACAAGUGAUUGCAGAACUCCCUAGGAGCUAAAAUGUCCUUAUCGGUUCAGUGCAGCCUGGUUCUUAACUUUCCUAUCCGCUCAGGCAGGAUGCAUCCUCUCCCAAUUCACGUCACUGUGUGAAGGCUCUACGAAAACGUCUUUCGCAGUAAAGAACUGCUCUGUAUGAAGGCACAUGUGGUGGAUGUGACUGUUGGAAGCUGAUGAUUCAGAACUUUCACCCACCUCUUACAAUCUUCCUUCUAUAUUUCUGUGACAAUACAACUUCUGUGUUGUUUGCCGCACUACUGUCUUAGAGGAUCACCCUUCAGAUUUCCUUGGGAAUGUGAAUCUGCCACUUUCCACACAGAAUAUGAAUGAGGACAGCUCUGUUGAAACGUCUAAAAAGAAGGAAGACAGAAGUCCAAUUUGUGUUGGCAGAGAAGAUGAGAUUAAAAAACUACGAAGGACAACAGCGGUCAUCCAUGACAGAGAAGUUGUUGUUUUCUAUCACGAUGGAAGGUUUUAUGCUCUGGAUUGCCGCUGUUACCAUACAGGAGGUCCCUUACAUGAAGGAGAUAUAGAGGAUAUCAACGGACAGCCAUGCAUUAUUUGCCCCUGGCACAGGUAUAAAAUAACCCUGGCAACAGGUGAAGGAUUGUAUCAAGCAAUAAACCCCAUGGAGCAAUCUCCGAAACCCACAUGGAAGUCUAAAGGAGUAAAACAGAGGACUCAUAGAGUUACUGUGGACAGCGGCGAUGUUUAUGUGACUCUUUCAGAUACAGAUGACAAUAUAGAUUCUGAUCAUUAUGCUAAUAUACACAAUAGGACUAUACAUCCUCCUAAGAAAAAAUAGCAUCUUCUGUGCUUCAUAGAAAUGGCUUUAAAAUAACAAUGAAUGUGAAUGGUAUCCUUGCUGUCUAAAGAGCAUUCAGCUUCUGAGUGAUGGUAUGAAACUGAGCUCCAGUCUCUCUCUAAAAAGGGAGUCGAUCAGAGAAGUAUUUGUGCCUUUGAGAAGAAUAUAGUAUAGUAUGCUUAUAAUAGAUUAAUUUUGCCAGUAAUCAAAAUGUUAGAUUUAUGUUGAUCCAGCCUUCAAGUGUCUCUCGCUUCCAAAAUAUAAAAUGAUGUUUUAAAACUAUCAUGAUGGACAAAUGUUAUCAAUAUAAUUGGAGAUGUUGUGCUUGUGUGCUAAUAUGAUUUGUUAUUGUUGGGAGUCUUUUAUUCUUUGUCUCGCCCUUAAUCCAGUCCUUCUCAAAAUGAUAGCCAAAGUUCGUAUUGGUUUGUGCAAGAAUUCCUGAAGGCUGUUCCAGCUGUGUAGUUAUUUAGCAGUGCAUAGAUCUGCCUGUAAGUGAGGCAGGAGGGUGACAGGAGGGCGCCCAGCUUCUGCCUAAUGCAACUUGGCUAGAAGCCAGCUCAGCCUUGUAUCAUCUGGAAGUGACAGGCUGCUUUGGGGCCAAAUUGACUGUGCUGAAGGUAUAUCCUGGAAAAGCUGAACUCCUUGGUAGUUUGCCAUGCCUCUCUUAACAGGCAAGGAGAAGAGUGCAAUCGGUGUGUGUUGUGGCUGAAUACUAGGUAUGCCUCUAUGUGGCUGUAGGGAGAGAGGGUAGGGGUGUGGUGUGGUGUGGUGUGUGUGUAUACAUAUGAGUGAGAGAGAUGUUGUUGUUGUUGUUGUUUAGUCGUUUAGUCGUGUCCGACUCUUCAUGACCCCAUGGACCAUAGCACGCCAGGCACUCCUGUCUUGCACUGCCUCCCGCAAUUUGGUCAAACUCAUGUUCGUAGCUUCGAGAACACUGUCCAACCAUCUUGUCCUCUGUCGUCCCCUUCUCCUAGUGCCCUCAAUCUUUCCCAACAUCAGGGUCUUUUCCAAGGAUUCUUCUCUUCUCAUGAGGUGGCCAAAGUAUUGGAGCCUCAGCUUCACGAUCUGUCCUUCCAGUGAGCACUCAGGGCUGAUUUCCUUAAGAAUGGAUAGGUUUGAUCUUCUUGCAGUCCAUGGGACUCUCAAGAGUCUCCUCCAGCA